UGCACGGGGACACAGCUCUUGCUCUUCCAACAUCAAAAAUCGCAUUUUGUCAUCUCAUUUAUUUUGGAAAUAUGUUCUUUCUUCAAAUACCAAGUUGAUGUAAACAUUAAUCUGUGAGGAUUUUAAGAUUUAUUUAUUUUUUUGUACUUCUUUUCCAAGUUGACCUUCAUUGAAGUCGCCUUUAAAUCAAUAACCGUGCGUGCUUGGAGAGCAUGAUGAAGACCAUUUUUCAAACCAGCAGAGCUCAUGCUGUUUAACUUUGGAAAGAAAAACAAAAUUUGCGCGAAAAGAGUAUUUAUUGCCUGCACGUCUUGGGCGCAGGACACAAGCCCUAUAAUGUUAGUGUAUGUGAUCGUUUCUGCUGUGUUAGUCUUAAGCGCGAGACCUGCAGAGGGUUUUCCCAAUUACAAAUAUGAUUACAUGGACGAGGACUUGGCCACCUUCGACUACUACAAAGUUGUGGACGAGUUUGACGACAGGAACGGGACGGAGGGGUGCGACACGUGCAUGCCGGAGCUGUGUCCCCCCGCGCGUGGCUGCAGAGCGGGGCUCGUGAAGGACAGAUGCGCCUGUUGCUCGGAAUGCGGCAACUUGGAGGGACAAACCUGUGACCUCGGACAGAGAAAUGUCUAUUAUGGGCUGUGUGGAGAAAACCUGGAGUGUCAACUGGACAGACUAGACGGCGAGGAGGAUGAACCGCAGUGUGUGUGUUUGUCCCAACAAACUGUGUGUGGAUCAGACGGACAAACAUACACGAAUAUCUGUCAGUUCAAAGAAGCGGCGUUUAUAAACCCACAACUUAAUAUGACAGAUGGACCGUGCAAGACAGUCCCAAACAUCAAAGUGCCGCCGCAUAAUCAGGUUAAUGUAACCGGGAGCAGUGUGGCAUUUAUGUGUGAGGUGUCUGCGUUUCCAAUGGCACUGGUGGAGUGGAGGAAAGAUGGAAAGGAGGUCAUUUUACCUGGCGAUGAUCCCCACAUAUCAAUUCAGUCUCGAGGUGGCCCUCAGAAGUAUAUGCUCUCUAGCUGGCUGCAGAUUGAAGUGUCAAGUCCGGCGGAUUCUGGCACAUACAGGUGCAUCGCUCGAAAUGAGCUCGGCCAAGUUUCAGCUACUGCAAUUUUAGGGGUGUUGCCGCCAGAUGAGAUGGCUGCUUAUUUGGAACAAAACAUAAAUGCAGUAAUGGACUAUGACCAAAUACAGGACUACGACAGGGAUUAUUACUAAACUUCAGAUCCAAACACCCUGAAGACAAACAUUCUUACUGACUAAGCCAUGGCAAAAUAACAACCAGGCAACGAUUUGUAUAUUCGCACAUAAAGAAUACAAAAAACAUCCCCUCUGGAAUUUAUGGAACAUCUGGGUAGUCACACGCAUGGAGACGGAUGGUUGAGGUUGAGUCAAUUCCCAAUGGUACAGGCCUCCGAGACGGAUGAAAAACACAAAAGUGAAGAGAAUUAAGUGGAGCACCUACCCU